UGUCUCUGCGCGCGUGUGUGUGUGCGUUGGGAGAUUUUCCAGUUCCGGGGUCAUGCGAAAGGCGAAGGACACUCGCUUGGCACCUCCAGGCAUUGUGAAAGUGAGGCAGAAGCAAAUGGAGCAAGUGCCUUCCCGCGAGCAGACAGCUGGGCCUUACUAGACGACUAGUCCUGUCUGUGCAGAGCACAGGAUGGCUCGCACUAUGGAACCACUGGCAAAGAAGAUCUUUAAAGGAGUUUUAGUAGCUGAACUUAUGGGCGUUUUUGGAGCAUAUUUUUUGUUUACUAAGAUGAACACAAGCCAAGAUUUCAGGCAAACAAUGAGUAAGAAAUUUCCUUUCAUCUUAGAAGUUUAUUACAAAUCCAUUGAACAGUCUGGAAUUUAUGGAACCAGAGAGCAAGAUCAAGAAAAAUGGUUCAAUAGCAAAAAUUAGGACCAGUCAUCACGUUCCGCCUCCCAUCGAAGCUGUUUGAAACCUUUAAAAAGAAGAAAGAUGAGUGUGUCACACUGUAGAUGCUGAAGUCCCAGAGAGUGGCCUGCUGAGUAGCAAGAGCUUCAGGUCACCCAUGGCCUGCGGCUUCCACCCACCAAGCCAACCCAUCACUUGUUUGUUGCUCUUCUACUUUUAUUAUCAAAGACUCAUGUUUUACAAAUAAAACACUAAGGAAGGGAAAAGAACAAA